AUGAGGACUACGCAGACGAUUGUGUACCAGUUUGGGCGAGCCAUAUAUCGCCUUUACUUUCAUCCGUUAUCAAAGUAUCCUGGCCCACGGUUGGCAGCAAUUAGUGAGAUCUUCUAUGCUCGCAUGGUGAUGGACGGGCGAUGGCCUUGGAUCAUGAAUGAGCUGCAUGUCAAGUAUGGCCCAAUUGUCCGCAUUGCCCCAAACGAGAUCUCGUUCAGCUCGGUACAAUCGGCCAAGGACAUCUACGGCCCGUCGUCCAAGACGCGCAAGCUUUUCAAGAAGAACAUUGCCUUCUACGACACAGGGGAUAUUCCGCCGGCCACGGGCUUGAUAAUCGACACAGAAGCCCAUGCCGACCGGCGGGCGAUCCUCCAGCCCGGGUUUCGCAUCCAUUCUCUGCGCAACCAGGAGUUUCUGAUCCAUGAGCACACUGACACCAUGCUGAACAAUUUCGACAAGUGGAUGGCGCAGUCGUCCGAUGGCAGCAUCAACAUGGAGCAGGUGUAUACCUGGCUGACCUUUGACAUCGUUGCACACUUGGUGUUUGGCGAAUCUUUUGGCGCGACCAAACACGGCCAGGCGCACUUCUGGGUCUCAAUCCUCCUCGGUGGUCUCCACGCCGGGAUUAUCAUGGCACUAAGACACCGGCUUCCCAUUAUCGAUCUGCUGAUCAAGGUCCUCCCAUGGGUAUCGUCCGACGUGCGCGCGAUGAUCCGCAACAUGGAGGCGCAUCAGGCGCUGACUCUCGAAAAGGUGCGGAAGCGGGUCAGCAUGGGCAGUGUCGGGUUCAAUGACAUUAUGCAGAGUGCGCUGGACGACGGGACCAUGACGGAGGCGCAGCUCGCUUCAGAGAUGACGACGAUGCUCGUAGCCGGCGCUGAGACCUCGGCGACGGCCCUGACUGCUGCAACCUGGUUCCUCGCGACCAAUAAGCCUGCUCUCCAAGCACUUCAACACGAGAUUCGCUCGAAGUUCACCUCCUACGACGCCAUCACAGGUGACGCUACCGCCGCGCUGCCCUACCUCAACAGCGUCAUCGAGGAAACCCUUCGUCUAUUUCCGCCCGUGCCCAUCGGCCCCCCUCGCGUGUCUCCUGGCGAGUUUGUCGAUGGCACGUACGUUCCGUCGGGCGUGGGCGUGUCCACGCAUUGCUGGUACGUCCACCAGCAUCCUGAUCACAUGGCGCGGCCGCAAGCAUUUCAGCCCGAGCGUUGGAUUGACGAUGAGAAGUCCAAGACGGGGCAGUCCAAGCAGAAACCAUUUACCAUGCCGUUCAACAUCGGGCCCAGGGCGUGCUUGGGCAUCAACCUGGCGUACCGGGAGUUGCGAGUCGCCCUUGCCAAGUUGGUGUACCGGUACGACUUUGAUCUUGCCGAGGAGCAGAUGUUCGGGGACGGUAAGGAUUGGACCUUGGGGUGUCGGAUGACCUCGUUGUGGAAGAAGCCACCUCUGAGGGUCAAGUUCACGACUGCGUCGACUGCCUGA